AUGACUCUGCGCAGAGAAAGAGUCCCGACGCAAACACCUCCUAUUCCCUUACUAUCCAUCACCAGCUAUUCGAUCCCCUUCAAGGUCCCUGGAAGCCAAAGAGACCGCCAACUUCUCCACUACUUUUGCGUGCAAGGGGCAUCGGAGAUCUCGGGGUUUCUCACUUCCGACUUCUGGUCCGAGAUCGUUCUUCGAGAGAGUCAUCAAGACUCGACAUUACGGCAAGCACUUGUUGCCAUGAGUUCACUGCAUUUGGACUACAUCACUUCAGAUCCAGUGACAAGCCAAGUUGCAAGUAUUGAGACGUUGGAUAAUUAUGGCAAAGCCAUACACACAGCUCAACAACAUCUAAGCAAUGGUCUUGAACUCCUCAAGUCUAUCUCGAGGCACUCAACGCAAAUGGAAAAGGCCGAGAUGAAAGGGUUAAAGACAAUCUUUGAGCGACUCGAUAUGCAAGCUAGCUUCUUUCAAGAUGACCGCGUACCGAUUCUGAGUCUACCGCACUGGGAAACACACAAAACAGAGUAUGAUGCUCUAGUACCAAAGACGUCAUUCUCUACAUUGCAGGAAGCUCAUAAGAGCCUCAUCAAGCUUCAGUCGUGGCUCUACAGCUUCAUCAACAAAAAUGCCGAUGUUUACAAAGCAGGAACUGAGUCCUUGAGUUCGGUUGUGCUGGACGAGAAAGCCGCGUUGGUAGCAGCAUACAAUUCCUGGAGCUACGCAGUCGAGAACUUUCAACUUGCCGAGGCACACGAUGAGCACACUAAAUAUGGUCUCAGAUUCUUACUUGUUCAUUCCAAAAUUUGCCAGAUGAUAGUGGACUCCAAGUUCCCUGUCAAUGACGAAAUAUUUGGAGCAUCACCCAAUCCAGCCGCGCAUGAAAUAUUGGAUCUGGUAGAGACACUGCUUGACUACACAACUAAGCUGAAUUCUUCUCCAAGCGCAACCCAAACUCCUCGUCGCAACUUUUCGCUGGAAAGUGGAGUUGUUGCACCACUAUUCGCGCUGGCUCUUAAGUGUUCAGAUGAGUCUGUGGCUACAAGAGCCGCGCAGAUGCUUUCUUUGUCACAGAGAAGAGAGGGCUUGUAUGAUGCUCAGACUAUGGCAAUGAUUCUCACUCAUCUGAGGAAAUCAAGAGAUGGGGAGAAGAAAGUGAAGGCUGAGCUUGAAAUUAGCGAAGCUGCUACAAGUGCCUUGGAGUAUCAUAUACCAAAUGGCUAUGAGGGCGGUGGCAUUGAUAAGCUACUCGCCUCAAUGAGCAUAUAA